GAGGGGAUCUCGAAAGAUACUUGGUGUACAUCCAUUGCGUACAUAAAUUGCUCAUCAUAUUCAUAUCCCCCUCCAUCUUGUCAUUUCCAUCCGCUCUCUGUCUGUCUGUCUGUCUCUCUCUCUCUCUCUUGUUAUCGAGAAAGCGACAAGGAAAACAGAGAAAGUGAGAGCGAGAAGGGAAGCUCGCAAGUGAUGGCUAGAGAACAAUUACAGGUGCUUAAUGCCCUGGAUGUUGCCAAAACACAAUGGUAUCACUUCACUGCAAUCGUAAUUGCUGGGAUGGGCUUCUUCACUGAUGCCUAUGAUCUCUUUUGCGUAUCACUUGUUACCAAAUUGCUUGGCCGCAUAUAUUAUCAUGUUGAUGGGGCAGAAAAGCCCGGAACACUGCCUCCCAAUGUCGCGGCCGCUGUCAAUGGUGUUGCAUUGUGUGGUACGCUUGCAGGUCAGCUCUUCUUUGGCUGGCUUGGUGACAAAAUGGGCAGGAAGAAAGUUUAUGGCAUGACUUUGAUGCUCAUGGUCAUAUGUUCAAUCGCUUCCGGUCUUUCUUUUGGGGAUGACCCGAAAGGUGUCAUGGCAACGCUCUGCUUCUUCCGGUUCUGGCUUGGGUUUGGCAUCGGUGGUGACUACCCACUUUCUGCGACAAUCAUGUCUGAGUAUGCCAAUAAGAAGACUCGCGGUGCUUUCAUUGCCGCUGUGUUUGCCAUGCAGGGUUUUGGAAUUUUAGCUGGUGGGAUAUUUGCAAUUAUCAUAUCUAGUUCAUUCGGUGCCAGAUUUGAUGCUCCGGCUUACGAGAUCGAUGCAAUUGGCUCAACAGUCCCACAAGCAGACUAUGUUUGGCGUAUAAUUGUUAUGGUUGGAGCACUCCCAGCUGCACUUACCUACUACUGGCGUAUGAAGAUGCCGGAAACUGCUCGAUACACUGCUCUUGUUGCCAAGAACAUGAAACAAGCUGCAUCUGAUAUGUCAAAGGUUCUGAAUAUGGAAAUUGAGGCGGAACAAAAGGUUGACGUGGUUCAGGAGAAGCACGCCAAUGUUUUUGGUUUGUUCUCGAAGGAGUUUCUUCAUCGCCAUGGACUUCACUUGCUUGGAACAACAACGACAUGGUUCUUGCUUGACAUUGCAUUCUACAGCCAGAAUCUGUUCCAGAAGGAUAUAUUUAGCGCGGUCGGUUGGAUUCCCCCGGCGAAGACUAUGAAUGCUAUUCAAGAGGUUUUCAAAAUUGCAAGAGCACAAACACUAAUUGCUCUUUGCAGUACCGUCCCCGGCUACUGGUUCACGGUGGCUUUCAUCGAUAGAAUGGGAAGAUUCGCAAUCCAAUUGAUGGGAUUCUUCUUCAUGACAGUGUUUAUGUUUGCCCUUGCUAUUCCUUAUGAUCACUGGACACACAAGGAUAACCAUAUUGGGUUCGUGGUGAUGUACGCAUUGACCUUCUUCUUUGCCAAUUUCGGGCCUAACGCAACCACAUUCGUGGUGCCGGCUGAGAUUUUCCCUGCCAGGUUCCGGUCCACCUGUCACGGUAUCUCUGCAGCUUCGGGAAAGCUUGGGGCUAUUAUAGGCGCAUUCGGGUUCUUGUAUUUGGCGCAGAGCAAGGACAAGACCAAGACUGAUGCAGGGUAUCCUCCAGGCAUUGGAGUGAAGAACGCACUAAUUGUAUUGGGUGUUGUGAAUUUCUUUGGAAUCUUGUUUACAUUCUUGGUGCCUGAAUCAAAGGGAAGAUCACUGGAAGAGAUUUCAGGAGAAAAUGAAGAUGAUGGAGUAGAAAUGGAGCAGUCUUCCAUUCAUAACAGGACAGUCCCAGUUUAAGUUCUAUUGUAGUAGUUUUUCUAGAAUAAAUUGCCGUCGCAACGCUUUUCCAUUUCAGCCUUCUCUUGUUGCUCUUAAGUUUCUGUCAAUCCAACAGUUUAUAAUGUUGUUGCAUUUCUGUAAAUGCCUUCUGUAUUAGAGAUUUAUAAGGUUGUUUCUUUUAGUAUUUCUUAUGGGAUAUGAAUUACUAUCAAAUUAGGAUUCAGUUUGGAAUUCUUGGAUAUGAAUUCAUGGCAUGUUGAUAAGAAAAUCUGUUUUCUUCAUCAGAAAUGUUAAGGUGUACUAUGCAGUAACUGAAAAGGAAGAAAGAAUAUGACUUUGUGUGCA